AUGGCCGCAGAUAUAUACGGCAUUCCUGAAUGUUCAUCAAACGCUACCUACAUUCCAAUGAAGAUAAACAACAACAACAAAAACAACAACAACAAUAAUAACAUUAAUAACAGUAACAACAAAAGUAAUAUAAGCAGCAGCAGCAACAACAACAAUAACAACAUCUAUACCAAAAAUCCAAGCUUCAGGGACAAUAAUAACCAACCAAUUUUAAAUUUACAACGGUCAAAAAACGAUAAUGGCGACGAUGACGAUUACGAUUUGUAUACCCAUUUAAGUCCAUUUAAGCUUAGAAUAAAACAACAACAACAUCAACAACCACAACAACAACAACAACAACAACAACAUCAACAACUACAACAACAACAUUUAUCUCCCAAACAACAACACAACAUGACAACUUCCAAUAACAACAUGAAUAAAGUUUAUACCAGUGGAUUUAACAUCAGCAACAACAUCAGUAAUAUCAACAAAAUUAACAAAUCUAUUUGUAACAUCAACAACAACAUCAACAACAACAACAAUGACGACUUAUCGACGGGUUAUUACGACUUUGAAAAGAGCCUUAAACAACGCCAAAGACAAUAUGUCAAAAUGAUUAACUCACAACUAUCAUUAUCAACAAAUGGACAACAACAACAACAAAACAACAAUUACAUCACAUUAGACCCAAUGAAUCUAGCCCCGAUUGCAGCACCAUCAUCGUCGUCUUUAAUGAUGACGUCAUCAUCAAUGACAUCACCAUCGCCAUCCUCGCCAAUGUCAUCAGCGAGAACAACAACAACAAACAACAGCGCAUCAACAACGACAUAUUCUCAAAAUAGACCGAGAAAAUUUCAAGAGUUGCCACCAAUACCGCGAAUAACUGAAGCUAUACCUCAGAAAAUAUACAAUUCUCAACUAAAAAACGGACAAUCCCCGCAGAAAAUAUAUAUUCCACAAAGAAUACCCCAGCAAAUACACAGCACCCAGCCAAUGAUUCCCGACCAAACAUACAACACUCAACAAAGACCUGAGUUUAUGAUACCUCAAGAGCUACCGCAGAUACUUCAGCAGAUACAAAAGUUUGAAGAGGACGGCGAAUUCGUUCGCUUGGACACUUUUGUUUGA